AUGGUAGAUACCAGGUCCAGGGGUGACACAUCACAGUCAUUAGGUUCAGAGGUGACAUCUGGCUUAACCAAUCAGCUGGCCCUCAGGGGCCUGACAAUUUCUACCAACAUAUCUCGAGAAGAUAGUUGGUUAAAAUCUUAAUUUUUCUGGAAAGUUGACCCAUGAAAAGGUGCUCAUUCCAAUCUCCUAGCCAAAAAAAGAAACCAGCAGUCUCAUAUGACAGAAUUUGUCAAGAGGUGCUGCCAAAGGCUCAUGAAGAAAACCACCACCCUUUUACCUUGCUGGGGACUUGGAAUACAUGGUAUGGGGAGCAAGAUCAGGCUGUCCACCUCUGGAGAUAUUAGGGAGGCUACCCUGCCCUCAAUAAGAGGUAACAUGCUACUUUCUCGAAAGAACCAGUUGCUGUUAGAGUUCAGUUUCUGGAAUGAACCUGUCCCCAGACUAGGGCCUAGUAUAUCUGAACUCGAGUCUUAUCAACUUAGACCAGGAACAAUGAUUGAAUGGGGCAACUAUUGGGCUCGUGCAAUUCAUUGUAGGCAGGACAAUGAGGAAGGAGUUGGAGGGUUUUUCUCUCACAUCGGGCAUUUAUAUAUGGUCCAUCAUCUUUGGACUUACAAAGAUCUGCAGUCUAGGGAAGACACUCAGAAUACAACAUGGCAUAAACAUGUCUGGGAAGAAUUGGUAUAUUAUAUAGUGCCCCUAAUUCAGAAAAUGGAGUCAAGAAUCAUGAUACCCUUGAAGAUUUCACCCCUCAAGUAA